AUGGCUAUGGAAGACCCUGACAAGAAGACUGAAGUAGUACUGCUGGCCUGUGGGUCCUUCAAUCCCAUUACCAACAUGCAUCUAAGGCUGUUUGAGCUGGCUAAAGACUACUUUCACGAAACAGGAAAAUACAAAGUAAUCAAAGGAAUAAUUUCACCAGUAGGUGAUGCAUAUAAGAAGAAAGGUCUGAUCAGUGCACAUCACCGAGUAACUAUGGCAAAACUAGCUACAAAAGACUCAGAUUGGGUGGAAGUUGAUGAUUGGGAAAGCAGCCAGAGUGAGUGGUUGGAAACACUAAAAGUUUUAAGGUACCAUCAUCAAAAGCUUUUAUCUCCUGGUCCCACUAAUAGUCUGCAGAAUGCUAUACCUUUAACAAAGCCAGGACGGAAGAGGAAACAGGAACCAAAUAGGCAUGACCCCGUUAAAAAGAAAAAUCAGAGUCCAGAUAUAAAAAGUGUCCCACAGGUUAAGCUGCUUUGUGGAAGUGACAUGCUGGAAUCUUUUGGGAUCCCCAAUCUGUGGAAGUCGGAGGACAUCACUGAAAUUGUGGAAAAUCAUGGCCUCGUAUGCAUCAGUAGGGCUGGAAACAGUGUUCAGAAAUUCAUCUAUGAAUCUGAUAUUUUGUGGAGGCAUAAGAAUAACAUUCACCUUGUGGAAGAAUGGAUCACAAAUGACAUUUCCUCCACCAAGAUUAGGAGAGCACUGCGGAGGGGUCAGAGCAUUCGUUACCUAGUGCCUGAUGUAGUUCAAGCAUACAUAGAAAAAAAUAAGCUGUAUAGUCCAGAGAGUGAGGACAUGAAUGCUGGGGUUGUCUUGGCUCCCUUACAGAAACAUGCAAGUGAUUCCAAGAACUAA